CCUUUAAUUGCAACAUCAUCAUUGGCGUCAUCGUUACGACCGCCAGUCACCUCCAGCGUGCUCGGUCUAGCGUAACCGCAAUCACGCCACGCAAAUACAUCCGCUGUUGUAACAAGAGGCAGUAGAUUGGCACAAGGAAACAACGACUCCGUUGUGAUAAAACCCACAGCCGGAGUAGGGGGGGGGGGGCGAGUAGACGACAGGGGAAGGAGGCCCUCGUCCAGUGUGAGCGAGCGAACGAGCGAGUUUGAUCCGGAGCGAGACGCGGGCAAGGAUUAAAAGAAGGGACGAACACCACGCACGGAGCGCACGCCGCACUUCCAAUCACAAUGGCCACCAUCACCCCCCACCUCCCCAGCUCCUCCUCCUAUCCAACCGCGCAGUCCAACAAGGCCCCUGUGUGGAACUCCACCACUUGGGUGUCCUCCCAAACCACUCUCGCAUGGCUCACCAACAUCACGGACGACGAGGCCCCAAAAACCUCCAACGACACCGUAAAGUACGCUUCCAUAAUCGUCUUCACCGUCGUCUUCGUCCUGGGCAGCGUCGGCAACUUCUUGGUCAUCUGGAUCCUGGGCUUCAAGAUGAAGCGCACGAUGGUGACCCUCUUCUUCCUGCACCUGUCCAUCGCCGACUUCAUCUUGGUGAUGCAGAUCCCCGUGGUCAUUGCCCACGGAGCCAUGAACUGGCACUGGGCAAUGGGCACGGCCAUGUGCAAGCUGAUCUCGUUCGGCACCUUCGUGAACAUGAACGCCAGCGUCUACUUCUUGACGCUCAUCAGCCUCGACCGCUACGCCGCUCUCGUGCACCCCGUGUCCUCGCUGCCCCUGCGUCGCCUGCGCUUGGCCCGGUGGCUCUGCCUGGCCGUGUGGCUCCUCGCCCUGCUGCUGAGUCUCCCGUCUCUCAUCUUCCGCACGACAAUAGAAGACAGCGGCUUCGUAUUCUGCUACAAUGACUACGGUGAAAGCUUUGAAGAGCAGACGUGGAACAUCACGGCCGUGAACGUGUGUCGGGUUGUCCUGGGCUUCGCCGUUCCUUACGCCGUCAUGAUCUUCUGCUACUGUUGCAUCGGGGCGAGGCUGCGGCACGUAGACAAAUCGCGUCGCGGCAACUCGUUCAGAAUCAUCGUGGUCGUGGUCGUGGCGUUCUUCGUCUGCUGGGCGCCGUACCACGCCAUCGGACUGCUGGAAACCGCCUCCUACGUUCAUAACAAUGAUACGAUGUAUGAGACGUCACAAAAAGCCAUGCCUGUGAUCGCGGGUCUAGUGUACAUCAACAGCUGCAUCAACCCGAUCCUCUACGUGUUCAGCGGCUCGCAUCUCAAAGCCCAGUUCAGGCGCUCGCUCGUCGCUGCCAUCGAGAACGCGUUCAGAGACCAAGAGCCGUUGGAUUCGGGGCAGGAGAGCGGGAGCGGACCCACGGCGCAGUCCCGCGAUGCCACCAACCUCAGCAGCAACCUCAGCAGCAACACCACCAGCGGCAACACCAGCGGCCACCUUCAGGGCAGCCACGGUGACGUGGCGACCGUUGGCGUGGUGCAGGAGGCGCAGGUGUAGGGGUGGCCACGGGGACGCGACACGCAAUGACUGUGGGAAUGGCCACGGCCACCAAUCUCCCCAGCUCUUCAUUCUCCCCGACACCGUCUGCCAACUCAACCCCUGUCUGGAACUCCACCGCCUGGCACUCCUCCAAGACCAUUCUCCCGUGGCUGUCCAACAGCACAA